CACUUUUUCUCUCUUGAGUUUCGCCUGACUUGAGCGUCGGAGGGUCGCCGUCGGAAACUCCUUCCCGACCCGACUUCUGUGCAGGUUCGCUGGAGCUGUGUGUUACCAGUCGAAGAUCCACGUCGACAACUGGAGAGCGCCCCAUACCCAACAUAUGUUGGUUCAACAUUCGAACAGGAUCAUUACUUAUUAUUUUUCAAUUCCAAAAUUUAGCAUUCUCAUUUUGUUACAUAAAUUUUCUCCCGACGUUGAUCGGAUCCAGAGAAACAUAUAAAAUACUACUAUUAGUCAUUCAAAUCUACCUUACCACUAUUAGCAUUUUCAUUCAGACACAGAGCCCGAAGUCAUUCAAAUCUACUUGCUACAAUUAGUCGUUUGUUAAUUCACCAGUACUUAAAGCUAAUUAAUUGCGUCUAAAUAUUUAAUCGGACAGUACUCCUACAGUCCUAGUGUUCUUUUAUGCGCAAACACUAUUCGAUUUGACUUGCAGUUGCCGCCUAAAUAAAAUUUCAUGUAUAUUUUAAUGUGUAUAUCUAUAUAUAGCAGGUAUGCGGGUGAAUAAUCCAUUUGAGUACGUGAAGAAUGAGGAAAAAAGAUGAAUGCCCUCGCAGUUGCCUACGCCAGCGUGGGGUCCGUUUUGUCGUCCUAUCCAUAACGAUUUAACGAAUCGCGCGAUUCCAGAGCUGUCACCACACCACCGCCAUCGCCAGCCCCAUCCACCCGUACGUACGCCCGUCCCAGUUCCCAUCCGACCCGGUCCACUUUGAAAUUUCAAAUCGCCCAUUACUUACUUACUACUAUCCAACAAGAACCCAGCAUUAACUAAUCCGCAUUAUUGGCUGCGAUCCGACACAUGGCCUGCCUCCGCCCUUUUCAAACAUUUAUUUAUUUUAGUAUUAACCGCGUGACACAGUAAAUAAAUUAUUCUGUGCGGGUUAAUGGUAAUUAAUGUGGCUCCAGACCGCCCGGCCCAGUCGCAUCGCCACCCACCCACGGGAUCGAUUCCGGUUCAGUCCUCGCGUUUGAAAAGGACCGCCGACCGCCCCUGUUUACUCGAUCAUCCGUCGCCUCCUCUGUCUGUCAGUUGCGUGUUGAUUAUUAAUCGGUGAACCAGUAAGAGAUCGGCUGAGCUUUGGGGGUCGAGUCGAGAUGGGAAGAAAGGCUUCGUCUAAAGCUGCUCCGGGUUGCAUGGGCGGGGUGCUUCACUAUUUGCACUUUCACCACUUGCUCUUCGCCGGCGACGCCUCCUGCUGCACGGCGCCCUUCGCAUCUCCUCCUCCUUCCUCUCUUCCGCUGCGUCAACCCAAAGGAUUGGAGGCUCCUAGGAACAGCUUGGAGCUGGAUGAGAAGAAAGCGGACGAGUUUAAAGAGAUUCCGGUUGGAAUUGAGAUUGUUGCGUCGAAGGAUGAGGAGAAGAAGAGCACAUCGUCGCGAGGUGAGGCUGCGCCGAGGACUCCCGGCCUGGUGGCCCGGCUAAUGGGGCUGGAGACUUCUCCGCCGGAGAAGCCGCUGGCGCGCAAGUGCCCGUGGGAGAGUGAGAACAAGGGUAUUAAAGCUGCCGUCGUUGGCGGUCAUAACAGGGGAAGACCUCGGCGGCCGCCUCUCCAGACCUUGAGCUGCAACGUCGACCUCGGCACCCGCUCCCUGCCGGAGUCGCCGCGCGCAUCGACGUCGGCGAGAGCCGUCGACGCCGACCGAAGACUUUCUUUGCAGAUCAACAGGCUCUGCCAAGCCACAUACUUUGACCACUCGAAGUCGCCCAAAAACAAAGAUCACGACUUGGGGAAGCUAUAUCGAGACGAGAACAAGAGCCCGAGAAACCACCACCAUUCUCGCGAAAUGGUGAAGCGAGUAGUGAAGGAGAUCAAGCUCAACGAAACAAAAGCCAGAGCGUCGCUUACCGAGAAAAAACCAACUCCGGCCGCCGGGGAACACCACCCCAAGAUUGAGCCAAGCAAGCCAAAAGUUGCAGUGAAUGUGGUCCUGAACAAGUGCAACAAAGCCGAUUCCGAGCGAUUCACGGGGCGGAUCAAGAAGCAGCAUUCCAAAUCUGGAUCGCUUUCCACUCUGGCGUCCCUGUUCCAGUCUUCUGAUCUCCCUGAUACCAACGAUUCCAAGAGCCACCCAUUACCUUCCUCUGCUGUUCCGACAUCAAAUAACAGAUCACGUCCCCCAGCCGGCGAAAAGUGUUGCCGGAGCUGCGAGUUGAAGGAUAAGAAUCCGAGUUUCAGAUACGAAAAGUCUAUUUUUGAUCACGCAAUGAAUUCAGCAGGCGAGAAAUGGAGAUGCUACUCCGGCUCCAGCCCGGUGGAUCCGCUCAUCUUCCACCGGCUCGAACUCGAGUUCCCCUGCCUCCUCCGCCACGGGCGCCCGUUCGCCGCCGAAGAGGACGACCAGAGCCGGCGCCUCCUCGGGCCGUUACGCCAUCGCUGGAACAGGAAACCCCUCUUCCACCUCGUGCAGGAGAUACUCGCCGGCGACGCGUCGGCCAGCGAGGGCGAAGUGCUGGAUGGGACCGAAGCGCGGGAGGUGGCGCGGGAGGUGGGACUGGAGAUCCUCGACGGGCUCCUCGCCGAGACGGCCGGCGAGAUCGGCGAGGCAAGUCACGGAAUCUGCAUCGGCGAGCAGACCCACGUCACCGCACGUGCUCCGGUACCAGCGGCGCAGCGAGGAGGGGGCCGUGGGGGGCCCACGGUGUUGUAGGAGAAGUAGACACGAACUGGAGUCGUCAUCAUCUUUAAAGUCUCCGUCUCUGGGCGCAUCCCCCGGAGCAGAGCAGGAGGCUUGGCGUUUGUAGUUUCUUGCUUUCCGCGCGGGAUUCUUCUAUCGAGAAGAUCGUGAACGGAGCAAGCUUUUGUCGGUAAUUCUUUUUGCAAUCGACGAGGCCUGAGCCUGAGCAGGGAGGGAGGGGGCGGAGAACAGGAGGAAUGUAUACGUACAGUGGAAAUUGUUGUACUGGCUCCCGUAAAUUUGAAGAAGUUUGUGGUGUCUUUAUUUCCCGCCC